AUGGCUCAUUUGUUCUUUUGCAAAUUGCUGCUUAACUUAUUCUUAGAAGAUGAGUUGGAGGUUGUUCUUAAUGAUGAUGAAGGAUCAACAUCGAGGCAUCAUGGCAAUUACCAAUGUCGUAAGUAUAUUCGACAUGAUCAUAUUCAAGAGCACAGAAGGCUAUUUUGUGACUAUUUUGCAAGAAUACUAGUAGAUCCCUCGAAUCUAUUUCCUAUUAGUCGUUUGCUAUUUCUUCGUAUUCAACAUGAGGUUGAGGCUAACGAGCUCUACUUCAUCCAAAGAAGAGAUAAUGCUGGAAGACUUGGUUUAUCUUUUAUGCAAAAGAUAACUGCUGCACUUAGAAUGCUUGCGUGUGGAGUAAUUGGUUCACAUAAUGAUAUCAAUAUGCUAGAAAGAUCUUUCAUUUUUCCAGAACUUGCCCAAGGGCAUGCUCCUCCAGUAAAUUACUCAAUCAAUGGAAAUGAUUACACUAUGGGGAACUAUAUUGCUGAUGGUAUUUAUCCAAAGUAG